AUGGCAAACUACGAAAAGCUGAAAGAAGAGGUAAAUGAAGAGCCAAAAGAGAAGGCCAACAAGUUAACGCCAGAGCAGCUGGCAGAAAUGAAUACGCCUGAAUCAGGGCUGACAAGCUCAGAAGCAGCGAGAAGAUUAGCUAGAGAUGGGUAAUUAAUAUUAAGGCCAAAUAUGCUUCCUGAGAAAAAGACCAAUCCAUUUCUCAAGUUCCUAACUCCCCCCCUCCGUGAGUGAACAAAACCAUUAGAAAAAUCCCUAUUUUUUGCCCAAAAACCCACCCUCCAUGAGUGAACAAAAAUUUUUUAUGGAAAAAAAAUUGAUAUAUAAGUGAUAAUUAUUAUAAUGAAAUCUCGAGCUAAUUCUGUUUAAUUUUAACAAAUUGCUUUUUAAAACAUAAAUUUUAUAAAUUAAAUUAAUAUUUGCUUUCCAAUUUUUGCAAAUUAGGAUUUUUUUUAAAAUUUGAAAAAAAAAAUUUCUAUAAAUUUAUAUAUAUAUAAAUUUUUUUUAAAAAAAAAAAUUAACCCCCUUCCCCUCCGUGAGUGAACAAAAAUUUUUUGUUCACUCACGGAGGGGGGAGUAAGCUAUUUUUGGGGUCCAAUGCCAGGCAUGAUUUGGGCAGCCAUUUUGAUUGAGCUGAUCCGACUUUCAUGGCUUGACUUUGGAGUUCUGAUGAUUUUACAAUUUGUGAAUGGCUUUGUAGGCUGGUAUGAAGAAAAAAAUGCUGGGAAUGCAAUAGAAGCACUCAAAAAGAAUAUGGCCCCUAAAGCCAAAUGCAAGAGAGAUGGACAAUACGAGACAAUAAAUGCGAAAGAUUUAGUCAUAGGUGAUAGAAUUAACUUAAAGCUUGGAGACAUAAUUCCCGCUGAUGCAGUCUUAGGGCCAGGGUUUGCUGAAAUUGAUCAAUCAGCUCUAACUGGUGAGUCUUUAGCGGUCAUGAAAUAUGAAGGUGAUACAGUCUAUCAAGGCUCAGUAUGCAAAAGAGGAGACCUUGAAGCCAUUGUAAUGGCUACUGGGGCAAGAACUUUUUUUGGGAGGACUUCAGCCUUGGUUGGUUCUGUUAACCAGCGCGGGAACUUCCAAAAAGUCUUACUAAAAGUCGCUUUUUCUUUGCUUAUUGUUUCUGUUGUUUUGGUUAUUGUAAUUCUUAUAGUGAACUUGGCAAAAGGGAACAACUUCCUGGAAACCUUGUCCAUUUGUGUCGUUUUAUUAGUCGCCUCAAUCCCUAUCGCCAUGCAGGUUGUGUGCACAGCAACUAUGGCUGUUGGAGCACAUGCUUUAGCAACACGAAAAGCAAUUGUGAGUAGGCUGACUGCAAUUGAAGAACUAGCAGGAAUGAAAAUUCUCUGCAGUGAUAAAACUGGAACACUAACAAAGAACGAGUUGACAAUUCAAAAUCCAGUGCUGCUUAAAAAUUAUAAAGCUGAAGAUUUAUUUUUAGUUGCAGGACUUGCAGCUAAAAGAGAAGUGGGAUCUCAAGACGCCAUUGAUAAAUGUAUUACUGAGUAUGCUUAUGAAAAAUGCAGGAUCAGCUAUGAUGGCUACGAAGAAGAAGAAUUUGUUCCAUUUGACCCAAAAAUCAAGCGAACAGAAGCAACUGUGAGAAACCGUAAGGGAGAAAUUUUCAGAUGUACAAAAGGAGCUCCACAAGUUGUUUUAGCUAUGGCUGCAGACCCAAGUAUCGAAGAAGAAGUAUCAGGGCACGUUCUAGAUUUAGCUGCAAGAGGAUACAGAACUCUUGGAGUCGCCAAGAUGGACCCUGGCGAAACCAAGUGGAAAAUGAUAGGGCUAAUUUCACUUUAUGACCCUCCAAGAGAUGAUACCAAAGAAACAAUACAAAAAGCUUUACAAAUGGAAGUCAAGGUCAAAAUGAUCACUGGUGAUCAGCUUGCUAUAGCCAAAGAAACUGCCAGAUUGCUGAAUAUGGGGGAUAAAAUAUAUAACUCUGAUAUGCUCCAAGCUGAAACAAACACUGUCAGUCGAGAAAUUUUAGACUCCAUGGUAGAAGAAGCUGAUGGGUUUGCAGAAGUCUUCCCUGAGCAUAAAUUUGCAAUUGUAAAAAUGCUUCAAGAGAGAGGCUUCAGGUGUGGAAUGACUGGAGAUGGUGUCAAUGAUGCUCCUGCUUUGAAAAAAGCUGAUGUAGGAAUUGCUGUUGAUGGCGCCACUGACGCUGCAAGAGCUGCUGCUGACAUUGUCUUGACAAGUCCAGGGCUUAGUGUAAUUAUAGAAGCUAUCUAUAGAGCCAGAAAGACAUUCCAAAGGAUGAAUAACUAUUGCACAUAUAGAAUUGCUUGUACUUUCCAAAUCAUCAUCUUCUUCUUCAUCACUAUGGUCGCUGUCGACCCUUCAGACGAUUUUACAUGCAAAGGGCAUGGCUGUGGAAGUAUUCCGAAUACUUUUGCUUUGCCUGUUAUAUGUCUCGUCAUUAUGGUCAUUCUGAAUGAUGGACUAAUCAUUUCAAUCGCUUAUGACAAAGUUACUGUGAAUAAAAAGCCUGAGGCCUGGAACAUGGUCCUUAUCUUUUCAAAUUCGACCGUUUUAGGCUUCAUUGCUUUUAUCUCCUCUCUCAUUUUAUUACUGCUCUGUUUAGACAAUAUGAACAGCCAUGAUAAAAAUGUAUUUUUGAAUGCAUUCGGAAUUGAAGCUAUGAGAUAUGGAGAAAUUCUUACAAUCAUAUUCAUGAAAGUCUCCAUUUCAAACUUCCUGACUGUGUUUUCUGCUAGGACAAUGAGCUGGUUCUGGACAAGAAUGCCAGGAAAGCUGCUAUUCAGUGCAGAUAUGUUCGGAAUUGUCGUGUGUUUGUUCCUUUCUUGCUAUUGGUUCUUAAACAUCAGUGUCGGAGAAAGCAGCAACAUCCCUGAUAUGAAGCCUAUUAGCUGGGGAGUCGCUAUGUGGAUUUUGGGCUAUGACAUCGUCUUUUUCAUUCUCCAAGACAUUGCCAAACUUAUCAUGAUCAGAACUUUUGACGCUUACUACAAAUCGCAAGGAAAAGAAGGAGGAUACUCAGGAGCUAUGCUUACAGACUCAUUCUUGGUUUUCACAGACGUAGUUUCAGACAAGCGAAAUACAAGGAAGUCUAUCGUGACCAGAAGAUCAAUGGUUGCUGCUCAAGACGUCCAUGGAGGUCGUUAA